AUGGCUACUUUCGGUAUCCUUCAGGAAAAGAACUUUGAACAUACGCCGGGCACCACCCUGUUAACCGAUGAGAUAGCAGCAGGCGCGAGCGCACAAGCAACAGCAGGGCUCAAACAUGGCCGCGGACGAUAUUCUCAUAUUGUCCUUGCACCACAACCGUUGGAUAAUCCCGACGAUCCGCUGAACUGGCCUCAGUGGAGAAAGGACCUGUGCCUUUUCACUGUAGCUUUCGGCUCGCUCUUCUUCACCGGAGUGCUCGUUCCCAUGUUGUCACCUGCAACGUAUGAACUCAGUGUGGAUUUGAACACAAGCAUCGCUGCUAUUGCGCAGUUGACGGGCGACUGCUUACUCUGUGUUGGUGCAUUUGGGCCGUUUGUCUCGGCCGUGUCUCGCGUCUGGGGCAAGCGUCCGCAGUUUCUUCUGGCGUCUCUCCUCGGUGUCGUUGGCACACUUAUUUGUGAGUGUAUUAACUCAUACAAUGGCCUCCUGGUCGGACGACUCUUUCAAGGUCUUUCCGUCACAGCCUAUGAGUCCCUCAUUGUGGCCUUGAUUGGUGAUAUUUAUUUUGUCCAUAAGAGGGGGGCCGGAGUCACGACUUUCCAGUUGGUCACCAACACUUUCGCCGUGUUGUCUCCCAUCGUCGCCGGGGUCAUUUUCAACAACCUGGGCUGGAAAUAUCUGUUCCAUGUUUCUCAGCCUUUUCUUGUCGUACAGCUGGCCAUGGUGUUCUUCUUUGUUCCGGAAACAACAUAUAUCAGCCGACCAACCCCUCACACCGGCGUGGUAUCUCCUGAACAGCAAAGACGGCUCGAGGAGGUGAAACAAGUGGAAGUCGCAGAGUGCGAACACGUCACUCCGGCCACGCCAGCAAGCGAGCAGGAUAUGGGCCCCCCGAAGACAUUCUGGCAGCGCUUGUCUAUCUUUAAUGGGCGACUUAAUCGCCAAAAUCCCCUAAGACUUGUCCUCGCCCCGUUUGUUUGCUUGGCGAAUCCCGCCACAGUUUGGGGCUGCUUGACCCAAGGCAUAUCCUCAGGCUGGUGGGUUGCGACAUCGUUUGUCCUCGCUCAGAUAUGGUCUGUUCCUCCGUACAACCUCUCAGCAGCGAGUGUCGGCUAUCUCUACGUGGGUCCUUUUGUUGGAGGGUUCCUGGCCGUCCUUUUCAUGAGCUUUUCUUCCGACCCUAUUGUUCGCUAUGCUGCCAGAAAGAACUGUGGUGUGUACGAGCCAGAGUUCCGAAUUUACCCAAUGAUCGUCGCUUUGGUGACAGGGAUACUUGGUUUGUUCCUCUUCGGGAACAUGGUGGAGGCAGGUAAGGGAUAUUAUGUGGCUAGCUGCCUUCACGGAAUCUACGGCUUUAGUGUGAACACGGCCGGCGCCGUCAUGAACUCUUAUGUCGUUGAUGCCCACAGCGAGGAGAGUACAGAAAUGCUUAUCAUUGCCAUGGUUUUCAAGAACUUCUUCUUUUUCGGCCUCUCCUACUGGGUCAAUGAUUACUUGGCUCUCGUUGGCCCAGCGAGAUAUUUUGAUUUACAGGGUGGCAUUGUUAUGGGCAUCUAUCUCCUUAGUGUGCCCAUGUAUGUGUUUGGGAAGAUCAACCGAGGCUUUUGGGGGAGGUUUGCCCUGCUCGAAAAGCUGGGUAUGGCUGCAUCAGACUAG